AUGGGUCGUGAGCUGGGGGCGCUGUGCGUGGAAAUGGAGGCGGCAGGCCUGAUGAAUGAUUUCCCUUGCAUCGCCAUCCGAGGUAUCUGUGAUUAUGCGGAUUCUCAUAAGAAUGAUGCAUGGCAGAAGUACGCGGCUCUGACGGCGGCAGCGUAUGCAAAAGAACUUCUAGCUUAUAUAUCACCUGAGCAGACCAGCCGUGAACAGCCUAUUCAGGAAAUUCUUGAUUCUCUCGAUAAGCGAUGCUGUACGGAUAUUAUGGAAGAGUAUCUCCAUGAGGUCAAACGAGAAAAUAAAGAAACAAGAACAACGUUAUCAAAGCAAUCAAGCUCGGAAGUGUCAUUCAAGCCUUCAGAACGAGCACAUACGAACAAUUUAAGGACGUCAAUCCUGACAGAGUGGAAGGCACUUGUUGUUGGGUGCUGUCUCACCCUCAGUAUCUUCAGUGGGCCACAAGCGACGAAGGUAACUUUCUCUGGAUUUCGGCCGAUCCUGGCUAUGUACUUCAUUUGCAAUUCAUCACUCAUGGACCCGUACCCGGCCAAAAUUGAGUUUCGGCAUCUCGACAACACGAGAGUGGUUGAAAAAAUAAGUGGAAUCGGUGGGUCAGGCAUCAUAAUUCAACAGGGGCAGUACGGAGACGUGCACCAAAUGUAG